AUGUAUUUCACCAAAUCCCUGUUCGCCACCUGCGUGUGCUUGGCCCACCUCGGCGUCUCGAACGCAGUCCAGUUCACCCAGUGGCCAUCAACCCUUUACCCCGGAGAGCCUGCCACUGUGAACUGGGAAGGCGGCCUGGCUGUGGAUAGCACCAUCGAUCUCCGCAAAGGCUCUGCGGUUAAUCUCGACCAUGUCGAUACCCUGAUCACCGAUGCCCGAGGGGGUACCUUCACAUGGACCCCGCCAGAUGAUCUCGAAGAUGGCGAUGACUACGCCUUUCGAAUCACGCAAGGUGGUGAGAUCAAUUAUUCAGGGCUGAUCUCCGUGCAGCAUCCCAACGGCCCCCCCUCUUCCAAGGGACCGCCUCCUCCUCCUUCUCCGGAGCCGUCGGUGGCCAAGGGUAAUAACGGUCAUGUCAACAUGUCCAGCGUUCAUACUGCCAAUAGCACGUCCGGCAGAAGUGCCGUGCCCGCUGAGAUGAAGACUGGUACUGCCUCUUUCCAGGCCCUUUCGCUGAAUUUGAUCUUUGGCAUGGCGGUUGUCAUCUUCUGCUUCACCCGUUAA